UGUUAGACAGCAGUCGGCUCAAUGUUUUGCACACAGUUUACCGCACCGUCGUCGGUAUACGUAGACGUACGGCACUCAAUAUUAUAGGAAAAUGUUGGGCGUUAUAUGAGAAAGUCAAGAAAUCGAUUAACUUACAUGAAAUUUCGAUUUGUUUCUUCAAUAGUAUUGUUCGGCGUAAAAACAAUUAUUAGUGAAUUAUAAUAACAAUAGUACAAUAUUAUUGUCAUCUCCGAUUACGAGGAAUACUACUAAUCACUUAACAUGCGAAAAGAAAAGAUUUUUAUUAUUUUAACAUUUAUGAUUGGUAUGGUAACGGCUCAGUCUAGCAACGAAUGCAAUACUCCAAAUUUUGAAAAAGGUGUUUGUAUCGAUGUAAAGAGCUGUCCAAAGUUACUAAAUCUAAUAGAAAAUCAGAGACACGUACCGUCCGUUUUAGACUUCCUUAGAAAAUCCAUAUGUGGAUUUGAAGGCAAAAUUAGAAAAAUGUGUUGUGCUUUGGAAAGUAAUGAAACAACGGUACCUCCACGUGUAGAGGUAGCUACUGAAAACACCGAUUCAGAUUUAAAAUUAAGAAUACCUUUGGAAACUACGUGUGGAAUAAGUAAUGUCACUCGUGUAAAAAUUAUUGGAGGAAGUCCAUCGGAAUUAGGGGCUUGGCCUUGGAUAGCGGCCAUGGGCUAUCAGAAUUUAAAUUCGAAUAACCGUGAAUUACAGUGGAAUUGCGGUGGUACAUUGGUCACAAACAAACACGUGCUAACAGCUGCACACUGUAUUGUACCACAUGUAAAACUGACUACUGUACGAUUAGGUGAGUUGGAUUUGAAUCCGAAUGUCCAAGAUAAUGCAAGGCCAUUAGAUGUUCCAGUUGAACGUAUCAUCGUACAUGAGAGAUAUGAUAGAACUCGACUGAUCAAUGACAUAGCGUUAUUAAAAUUAAAAUAUAGUGUCACUUUUAACGAUUUAAUACAACCGAUAUGUAUGCCAAUGACUUCAAAAAUUAAAAACAUAGAUAUGUCGAGAAGUUUGCCAUUUGUUGCCGGUUGGGGUACCACAGAACCUGUGCCAACUUACAGUGCUCCACCCGUAACUACUUUGAUGGAAGUUCAAGUUCCAAUGAUGAGCACAGCGGACUGUGCAAAAGUAUAUUCAAACGCGCCUCAAGUAAUAAUUGACGACAGAGUGUUAUGUGCUGGAUUUCCUGACGGAGGAAAAGACUCAUGCAGGGGUGAUUCGGGAGGUCCUUUAAUGUAUCCAAAAGGAAAACAAUACUAUUUAAUGGGUAUAGUAUCUUACGGAGGCCUGGUAUGUGGCCAACCAGGAGUCCCAGGCGUGUACACUAAAGUACCUUCAUUCAUGGAUUGGAUUAUUGACAAAAUAAAUAAAAACGCAUAAAUCAUUAAGUAAUAACUUUUUUUUUAUAUAAUUUUCACAUUUUCUUGCAUUAUAAAGGCAGUUUUAAAUGAUUAAUUAACGUAAUUUUAUUGUUCUAUGAAAUGUUCAAUUUGUAAUUUGUUUUAUUAUUUAAUUUAAUAUUGUUGUCAACAGUUACAUAAGAAACAUGAUCAUUGCAAUCAUUUAUACACAAUAUUGGACUUUAUUCAGGCUAAUGUAAGAUAGAUACUGAAAUUCCUUUCAAUUUCAAUGUCUUAUGUUUUCAAUUUUAGUAACAGCAAGCUUAGACUCUUCAAGUUAUGUAUAAAGGGCUACACUGAAUGAACUAUUACUUCUAUACCAUGUAAAGUGCCUUUUUAAACUUUAAAGCUACGUCUCAUGUUUAAUAUUAUGUUAUAUUAUAAUAAUAUAAAAUAUAUAAUAUAAUACAAUCAUGUA